AUGACGGCUUAAAUAUAAUAAAAGAAAUUUUAUUUCGAAGCUUUAAAAUUUUAUUACUUAAACAUUAUCUUGCAUUAUCAACUUGAUUAAGUGAAGAAUGACAUAAAAAAUAUGAAGAUUAAGUGUGAAGAAUUCAAUAAAAAAAAAAGAAGGAAAAAUUCUGAAAUUAUAAAACCACAUGCUUGCUAACAUUGUCAAAAAACUUAUGCGUAUUAAUUAUUUGAUUAUUCUUAGAACAUAUGCAGCAAAAUAUAAACACAUUAAAAUUAAACAUAGAGAAUGA